GAAUUGAUCAAACAUAACAACAUUAAAAAGUAAAAAGUGAGUGAAAUAUAAAGUUAUUAAUUAUAUUUAUAUAAAAAUGUCUGAAAAGAAAGAUGUACUUGAAUCGUAUGUUGUUAAAAUACAAAAUCAAGAACGAAUGAUUCGUCAAAGAGCUUUAAAAUCCAUGUUGGAAUUUUGUGCAAGUGAAGGAAAUUUAUCAAGUGAGACUGCAGUCGACAUCUUUGAUUCUGUCUAUUUAGCUCUUAUCAAAUGCUAUAGUGAUAAGUUUGAGAUGUGCCGAAGCUUAUCAUGCUCAAUUGUGAGUGAAAUUCUUAAAUAUAUUGAGGAGAAUGAUUAUUACCUUAGCCUACUUGUUCCUGUCAUUGCUAAGCGACUAGCAACUGAAGAUUUAGUUGAAGAGAGUGAAGAGAUGAGAUUACAAUUAUUAAAACAGCUCAAUUUCAUAAUUAAUAAGUAUAAGGAUCUGAAUGCUUCAGGAACUGUUCAUGAUCGUGGAGGUGGCGACGAUCUCUUACUUAAAACUUACAACGACAUCAUUGACAUUCUCAAGAUUUGUCUUCUCGAUUCAUAUCCAGCAAUUCUUAAAGAAAGUUGUGAAGUUAUCAAGGCAACAGCUGCAACUUCAACAAGCUUCCAUUAUCGAGCUGAAACUCUUUCAAGUGCUCUCAUAAAUUUAUUAAAACAUCGUCAUUCGACAAUUAGAAUUGCAGCAAUUGAAGCUUUAGGCAUUGUGACUCUUAACAUUCAUUCUAAUGGAGAACAAAUUAAAAGAAUAAUUAAUGCGCUUUCACCUUUGGUUAUGGAUGAAAUUCCAUUUGUACGAAGAGAAUGUGGACGAGUUGGUUGUAGAUUUCUAAUAGAUUUACGUGACCGAUACUCGUUCUUCGAAAGAAUUCUUCCACUUGUCCUUUGCUGUCUUUCCGAUGAAACACUUGAGGUUCGAGAUGAAAUAGAAAAACUUUGGAUGAAAGCCGGAGCAAAAUAUUACACGGAGAAUGAAAAUGAAUUACAAAACUUGGAUUUAAUUGACUCAAUUUCUGAUAAUUAUCCGGAUUUCAUUAAACAACGUCCAAGUCUUGGUUGUCGGGCAAUUGUUCGACGAUCUCUUCAAGUUCUCAACAUAAUCUUAAGAGAGAUGGAAGAUUGGAAAGAAGAUGUUCGUCUUCACUCAACAAAGCUUCUCAUGCAAGUUGUCAUUCAUAGUGAGAGUCAUUUAGCAACGAAAUAUUUCGAUAUUAAUGCUGUUCUCUGCAAAACGUGUCAUGAUCCUGAAAUUCCUAUUGGAAAAUGUGCACUUGAAAUUGCAAAGCUUUGCGGACGUUUUGUGGAUCAAGCAACGUGGAGCAAAUAUGCUUUCGAUGAAUUGAAAAUUCGGCAGAAUAAGCUUGGAACAUUGAAGUGCCUGAAUGCACUCUAUCAGAAUUGUACAGAUGAAAAGCGAUUUGAGAACUUGAAAGAAUUGAGUGAAAUUCUAUUGGACACAUCCAUUUGCCAGAAGAGUGAAGAACUUUUUCAAUCAGAGCUUAUGAGUUUGUUAGAAAGUUUAAUCGAAGGAAUUCCAAAGGAAGAUGAGACGUUUGUUGAGAAGAACUUUUAUGUCAUCGCACUGAAAUCGACAGCAGUUUCAUAUGACAAUGAAAGGAUUCGAGCAACAGGUGUUCGAGUAUUAAAAAGACUCGUUGAAAAGGCUUCGAGUUCUUCUUUUCAUUUUCAUGACAUGAAAGCGAUGCAUGGAAAAUUCUUAAAAUCAGCACUUGACACUUUGGAUCUUUUGGAUACUGCAAAUGAUGAUUCCUUUGAACAAGUUCUUGUACUUUACGGGAUUAUUUGUUUAUGUGGAUUUCAGAAAUCAUUCAUUGACGAUUUGAAGCGAGUCAUUCUCACUGCAUUGGAACAUUGUGAAGCGGAAGGAAAGAUAAAAAUUUUCAGUGGCAUUGCAAUGGCAUCAUUAAAUUGGAAUCAAACGAUUGACGUGGAUGAUCCCAAAGAAAACUUUUUGAUGUUGGCAUCUUUUGUCGGUGAAAUUAUUUCACCACAUUUGAUAUGGAACGCGGGACAAACGGCGGAGUCUGUACGAUCAAUGGCGACAGCUUCGUUGUGUGCUUUAGUUCAGGGAACGACGCCGGAACAUGCAAGAAAAAUUGUCGAGUCAUUAAUGACGGUACUCGUGUCUUUGAUUGAUGAUCACAACAUUGCAACGCGCUCCUAUGUUUUGAAGACUCUACAAUACGUCGGUCCCUUAAAAUAUGAACAAACAACGAUUCUUUCACGAGCUCUUCUUACUCGAUUAGAUGAUCCAGGAAGUGAAGUUCGUGAGAAGGCUGCGAAAUGUUUAGGAAACUUGGAACUUGCAAGACAUGAAGGAGGGGAAGACGAAGAUGUGUGGGAAAAUCUUCUUAAAACCAUUUUUGAUACGAUGCUGAUUCAUGUCGAGACUCCCGAAAUCAACGUACGUGAAAACUUGAUUGAUUCAAUCACAACGUUAAGCAGAAAAUAUCCAAAACUUUAUGAUACAGCAAUAAGUGAAUCAACAAUUCCUCAAGACUUGAAGUGUAGAUUACCGUGAAUCGUCGUGCUGAAAAACUUCACUAAAAUAUUUCUUUCUUUGUAUCUGUUGCUUAAUAUUUCUUUCCUCUUCUUUCUUUUUCAUUGAAAAUUGAAUUUGACUUAAAAG